AUGGGAAUCCUCAUUGAUAUUGUACGUUCUGGGAGGGGAUCUGAGCAUGAAUGCAGUGAAACAAUUUAUGAUGAAGACAUGGAACUUUUCACAGUUCUUGCUACGAUUUUAACUUUGUGGUUAGCAGACAAAUCUGGUCGUCGGCUUUUACUUAUUGUUUCUUCAUUUGCAAUGGCUUUGAGUCUUUUGGUUGUUUCAAUAUCAUUCUACUUGAAGGAAUAUAUAUCACCAGAUUCUGAUUUAUAUGCGACAUUGAGUCUCGUAUCGGUGGCUGGAGUUGUGGUCAUGGUUAUUGCAUUCUCUCUGGGAUUAGGAGCAAUGCCAUGGAUUAUAAUGUCUGAGAUUCUUCCGAUUAACAUCAAAGGCCUAGCUGGAAGUUUUGCAACACUUGCCAAUUGGUUCUUUUCCUGGUUGGUUACAUUAACAGCAAAUUUGCUCUUGGAUUGGAGUUCGGGAGGAACCUUCACAAUAUAUACUGCAGUGUGUGUUUUCACAGCAGGAUUUGUUGACAUUUGGGUCCCCGAGACAAAGGGAAAAACUCUUGAAGAAAUACAACAGUUUUUCAGAUGA